AUCAACGACCACUGUCCGGCGAACGAUCCACUCAAGGGAGAUGAUGGUGAGUUCCGCAAUGAUUUUUCCAAAAAAAGGCAGAAAACAAGUGAUAGCGAAUAUUCAACGAACCCAUCUGAAACUGCUGGGAUCAAUUCGUCCAACAAAAGGCAGAGAACAAGUGGCCCCGAAUAUUCAACGAUCCCAUCUGAACCUGCUGGUUUCCGCAAUGAUUUUUCCGCAACAAUCCACUGA